AUGUUUCGUGGACUCAAGAAGCGACUAAGCCGUCACUCCACGGGGAGUACUAGUGACCAUACUUCGCACGAGACGGUUACGUCCUCACACGGCACCAACAGGAACACCACCACGAAUCGCCAACCUCCUUCCACCGCCGCGAAUACCGGCACCAGCACUACUACUGCCACUGCCACUGUUGCCCACCGGUCCCACUCGUACACGGUGCUACCGCAUGCGCACGUGACUCUUACGCAACCGUUACCGUCCCGCCCCAAAACACUCCCCUUUCGUCCACACCAACGCGCCUUGUGGCGACAAUCCGCCGCCGAUCUGGCCCAGAAGAGUACACACUUGCGGGCCUUUGACGCCUGUGUACAAGCCGCGGACGGGUCGCUGGAAGGAAGCGAUCAACAUGUACCUGUACCUACACAUGCACACGCGUCGCCCAUCGAUGCGGACGGGGGACGCAUCGAUCCCAACACUCAACUCCGCGAUUGUUCCGUUCUCGUAUCGCCCGAUGGGGAAUUGUUGCUCCUACCGGACGUCGCUCGACAACGGGCUUUUGGAUUCGUCACCCCAGUACCAGUGACAUAUAACGACGGCGACAACAACAACAAUAAUAAUAAUACGACGCAACCCAACACGUCACCCAGCAUUUCACCCAACGAACACACUGUCAAUAACCCCGCUCCUACUUCCCUGCUCGAUCACUCCGACGACGAACAGAGCGAAGACGAUGUCCAGGAAAUUGAAUUGCAUCCCACCGAAGCGGGCUUUCAGGCUCUCAUGGAACGCAACAAGGACGCCUACGAAGCAUCCGUCUUUGUCGGACAGGAUCUACACGCUACAGGUGACAAGGCACACAACGGCUUUUCCGCCAAGGGAUGGUCCAUCCCUGCCACAUCCUGGGCCUGCCAACAAACCCAAGCCAGUCUGCAGCAUUUACUUUUCUUUUGCGAAGCACUCGCCGUCGCGCACAAGGACACCUGCGCCCAACGCGCAUCGGCCUGCGACAAUCUACGGUCCGUCAAUCCCAGUAUGGGCGGACAUGCCCCACAGCCCACCCUGGCGUCGGCUCCCUCACAAGUACUGGAUCCCCGUUCGCACGAAUUUGAACCGACCUUGUCUCGCGUCGGGCCCUUGUUACAGGGUGGGUCCAGUCUCAACGCCGUCCUCGUAGCACUCGAGCGGUACCACGCCCAAGUCGCCGAUACGGAUACCCAACAUUGGAAAAAGGCGUCGCUGGACCCACAGGGUUUAUUGCCCACACUCCAAACUUCCCUGCAAACAUUCACCACCCGUAUCACUCGACGACAGCAAGCCUUGGACGAAACGGCACAACGUGCCCGGACAAUGGAAGACCGGCUAGUCGUUCUCAAACGACAGUCCGAUCACGCCUGGAACGCCGUUUACCAGGCCGAAGACCUCGUCACGAAACGUUUGGAAGAGAUACUGCAGGAAAAGUCACGACAGUACGAAAAACAACGUGUCCAGAAAUUGCGGCAGGAACGCGCACAGCAGCAAAAGGAACCAGAAAAGGCGGCCACGCCGGAAGAAAUAUGGAAUAUGGUGAACGCUGCGACGGAAUUGAUGGAAGACGGAAACUUUGAACCCAUGGAGCUUCUGUCCACUACACCGGAACCACAACCAAGCUCAUCGUCACUGUUGGAAGACGAUCAAAAGAACAGCGGCAGCGACAACGACGGAGAGACAACGACGAGUGAAGCAUCCUCCACCAAUGGCGGUGAGAAGGAAAACGGUAGUACCCGCGAAGGAUUCAACAUCCAAAAGAUAAGGACCGCCUCGCGCGACCAGAUCGAGGUGGAAGUUGGGUUGCCGGACCUCCGUCAAAAAGCAGUGGCCAGUGGGGAAGCAGUUGAAGACGCCGCCGGCACAUUGCUGAAUAUCCUCUCCAAUCUCGAUACCGCCCGGCGAUCGGCGCGGAUCGCGGCCGAAACAGCACUGUUGGGUGCCGGCAAGGCGCAAAUACAUUGCGUUCGCGAAUUGGUGGCAUUGGAACGAGCAACGCUGGAGGAGCGUCUGCGGAAUUUGGAAAACGUUGAAGUAGUUCUUGACGAGAUUGGUAUGCGAGACAUUCGCCGAGAUCUGGACAACUACAUCACGGUGGACAAACGCGAACGUGGUGGUCGGAGUCACUUGGGUGACGACGAUGACGGUGGCAUCGCUUCUGCCUUGGCCGUCUUGAGCAGUCAUGUGGAUGGACACGAAGGGUCGACUUUUGAGUCUACCAAGACUAAAGUCUCGGACUCGACUGCAUGUGACGCAGACGAGGACUAUAAUGACGAAGAUGAGAUCCGCACACGGAUCGAGUCGUCCAUUGAAUCUCUGUUUCGAGCAGAAGCCUUGCCUUCUUCCGAUACCUCCGAAACAGACGGUGCGCCUCAUGAAGGCAAAGACUUAUUGGAAGCCGUUAGUUUUCUGUGCAAAAUGGCUACGGAUCCUUCCUCGGCGGCGCAGAUGAGGCGAUCGACGAUAUGCUACGGAUUGAACGCAAAACGAGGAUCACAUAGACAGAUUCCAACGGCUUCGCAGUUUGACGGGCUUUGUCGCGUAUGCUCCGCCAUUUUGACUGGAUGCAACUCGGUAGAGAAUGGGGUGGCAAUCGCCAAGAUGUGCAUGAUGCUUUCGCAAACCUUCUAUAUGGAGGAAGAGUCCAAUGCGGAUCUACAUCUGGAGGGUGUGGACGUUCCUGGAUCACCAGGGGCAAAGGAUCGAGAGAAGCGUGUCUACGUUAAGAACAAGUUAAAGAACCAUGCUAUCUGGAUGAAUGACGACUUUUGGGACGAGGCACUUAGCCAGCAGAUCUCAGAAUCACUGACACACAGUGGUGUCAUGGCCAAUUUUGACAAGCGCACACAAAAUGUCAAAGCGCAAUCUCGACGGAAUAUCGAGUGGACGCAGACGGAAACGACGAAAUGGCACGAUCUUAACUAUACCGAACGAGUCGAGGCGGCAUCGCAAGUCCAAGCCGUCGUCUUCGCGCAACUAGGAGCUCUGGCGCAUUCGAUGAUUGAGUUCGGUUGUGGAUUGAAUCGCUCGUGCGCGUUUGUUCGGCGAAUGGCCAUUCGAAACCAGCUCCCCAGUUCGCAACGGGCGAUUUUGUUGCAGCACCUGAUGGCCCGCAACGAUUUGGACCUCCAAGAGGACAAGGCGUUGUCCAGAAAGGAACAGUUGAUAGACAGCUAA